AUGGCGGACCCUUUCGAGGUCCGGAUGCGCUUCAGCUCGCAGCUCCAGCAUCUAAACGCCUCUGUUGCUUCGGCGCAAAAAGCGGCACAAUAUGCCCUCAAAUACAAGGACAUGGACGAGGACCUGCACUCAUGUAUCCUGGAGCAGGUCGAGCGGAAUAACAUGAACACUCGUGCCAACAUCAUGUACUUCAUUGAGCACUUCCUGGACCUGGCGCAGCGCGAUGGCCACUCUGACUAUAUCCGCAUGAUGCAGCGAGACAUCAUCAGAGUCGUUGACGCGGUGGCCCCCGAUGAUGGCUCUGGAGCAGCCAAUGUCAAAGUUGUCCGCAAGGUUUUGAUAGGGCUUCAGAACAAGGGCUUUCUGGAGCACCAGGCCGUUAUUCAGAUUGAGGAUGUUAUCAAGGAGAGGGGGACAAACGAUGAUGAUUUGGGGCUUGAUUCUCCCAACGGUGAUGUUGAAAUGUCAGACGCCCCGGCUUCCGAGUCGAAAUCUCGGCGGCGGCCCACGACUCACGGUCUUGAUAAGCGUCAGGUCGAACAACGCAUUGAAGAGGACCGUGAACGACAUAAGCGAGAGCGCGAGAGGAUCUGGGCUGUGCCCAAAGGAGAGGAUGCCGAAAUGACCAAGCUCUGGGAAGAGACGAGUGAUUUUGGCGACGACGAUGACCGGCUACUGACUGAAGAGGGAGAUGAUUUCACCAAAGAGAUGGAGAUGCAGCAGUGUCAGCACCUGCAGACGACAAAUGGCAACCACCAUUGA